CUAGAAACAAGAUAAAUGUUGGUUUAAAUGACAGUUAUAAGUGGCUUUAGAGCGAAAUAUCCCGGACUGGAGCUAAGAAAACAGAUGAACACCGCAUGAAAGCAUUGUAAGCAGCGGCCCAGGCUGAGGAUGGGCCUGUUGUAUACUUGAAGUCACAUCCCUGGAGGAACCAUUACUUUAUGACCUUGCACCUUUGAAUGCCGACGGCCCCCAAGAUGGAGGAACAAUCCAGUCAACCCAAUGUCAGCAUACCCUGCCACAACGAGCAGAGGGACAAGAAAAAGCGUUACACUGUUUACAAAGUGAUAGUCAAUGUUGGACAACAGGAGUGGUUUGUCUUCAGGCGAUAUGCAGAGUUUGAUAAACUUUACAACACAUUAAGGAAACAGUUUCCAUCAAUGAAUUUGAAAAUUCCUGCCAAAAGGAUAUUUGGGGAUAAUUUUGACCCCGAGUUCAUCAAGCAACGAAGAGCAGGGCUGCAUGAGUUCAUCAAGCGAAUUGUGUCUCAUCCUGAGCUUUGCAACCAUCCAGAUGUGAGGGCUUUUCUGCUGAUGGACAAAAUGCAAAACUUUUCCGAUGCAUCUGAGGAUGAAGAUGAAAAAAGCAACUCUACCUCGAGAAACAUUAACCUGGGACCCUCUGGAAAUCCACAUGCCAAACCCACAGACUUCGACUUUUUGAAAGUCAUAGGAAAAGGGAGUUUUGGGAAGGUUUUCCUUGCCAAAAGGAAACAUGACGCCAAGUAUUACGCAGUCAAAGUUCUACAGAAAAAGGUCAUUCUCAACAGAAAAGAGCAAAAACACAUCAUGGCAGAGCGCAACGUGCUGCUGAAGAAUGUGAAACACCCUUUUCUGGUCGGGCUUCAUUACUCCUUUCAGACCACAGACAAGUUAUACUUCGUCUUGGAUUUCGUCAACGGAGGAGAACUUUUCUUCCAUCUCCAAAAAGAGCGGACAUUCCCAGAACCUAGGGCAAAAUUCUACAUUGCUGAAAUGGCAAGCGCACUGGGCUAUCUGCACUCUCUCAAUAUUGUUUACAGAGACUUAAAGCCAGAAAAUAUCCUUCUUGACCAUGAAGGCCAUAUCGUUUUGACGGACUUUGGAUUGUGCAAGGAAGGCAUUUCACAGACAGAUACCACCACCACAUUCUGUGGAACACCUGAGUACUUAGCUCCAGAGGUCCUGAGGAAGCAGCCAUAUGAUAACACAGUAGACUGGUGGUGUCUGGGUUCAGUGCUGUAUGAAAUGCUCUUCGGCUUGCCGCCGUUCUACAGCAGGGACACACAUGAAAUGUAUGACAACAUCCUCCAUAAGCCGCUGGCGAUGCGUCCUGGUGCGUCCAGCACAGCCUGGUCUCUCCUCCAAGGCCUGCUGGAGAAAGACGGCACAAACAGACUGGGAUCCAGAAAUGACUUUAAUGAAAUUAAAGCACACAACUUCUUCUCUUCCAUCAACUGGGAUGACCUCGAACAGAAGAAGAUCCUACCCCCAUUUACUCCCCAUGUGAGCUCUUUCUCUGAUAUCUCAAACUUUGAUCCUGAGUUUACAGAUGAGAUGGUCCCCAACUCCAUCUGUUGGUCUCAAGAACACUCCAUAGUCAAUGCCAGUGUAAUGGAGGCCGACGAUGCUUUUGUGGGCUUCUCUUACGCCCCUCCAUCUGAUGACUCAUUCCUAUGAAACAUUCCCAAUGAGGUCUUGAAUUGCCUUAACCAUCGUAACUUCUUUUGACUAAAGGGAAGAAAUUUAUACCAUGGAUGAACUUGUUCUACAAAGCCAAAGCAAGCAGCUGACAAGAGACAGCACUUAAAACAGAUCCUGUGCCAGAAAAGUCUUUAUUUUUUACCAAUUUGUAUUUAUAUAAAUAUAUAUACAUAACAGAUGAUAUUUUAAGAAUUAUGGACAGCCAUUCUCUAUUAAUGUAAUUCCUGGUGGUUUUCUAAAAUGAGCCAUUAUAAAGCCUUCAUUUUCUCCCUUAAUUGAAAUCAAGAAGCAGUUUUCCGACAAACUUGAAAAGUCUACUGGACUUAAUAGAACACCAUUUAUCAGAUGGAUGCAUGUUUGUCCAUGUAAUUACUGUACUGUAAAUACCCCUUAUGUUUCAUUUUCAUGGUAACUAAACUGGAAAUAGGGAUUACUUGAGAGACUGCUGGAUUAAGGAUUUUGGUUUAUAGGUCACAUUUGUAAAAAAAAAAAAAAAAAAAAAAAAGGGUGGAAACUUUGACUUUGCAGAAACUGAGUGAAUUGUUUUUUUAUUGAAUUGUUUGUGGUAAUUUUUUCUAUUCUUUGCCUUAACACAUGUAUUAUUAAUUUCAGAUAAUAGAAAUCCACAAUGCUAUGCUUUGCCUGGCAAUUAAGUAGGCUUAUACUCCUGCACAGUAAUA